AUGGCAAACCGGGGCUAUGAUGUGGUUGUAGAUGUCGAUGCUGAGGGCGACCUCGGUCACACCGACCUCCAGGAAGACCUUGAAUUCCACUCAUCCAACUUUGAAAACGACCCCCGAAGCGCAAAAGCUCAGCAAGAUUCCGCUCCUUUCCUCGGCGGAGGCACCUCCCGCGGCCGCGACAGAUCCCCCGGCGGCACGCCCUCAAAACAUGCCUGGUGGUCUAUCCACUACUACUCGCAGUUCUUCGACGUCGAUACAAACGAGGUGCUUCGGCGAUGUGUGUCGGCGCUGUACCCACGUACCAACUUCCUUGAUGUUCUGGAAGGUAACGCGGACCUGUACGGUCCGUUCUGGAUCGCAACAACGGUAGUCGUCAUCCUCUUCCUGACCGGUACGAUUUCGCAAUGGCUCUCGAACAACGACGACAAGCAUUUUGAAUACGACUUCACCCUUCUCUCGGGUGCUGCGGGUUUGGUUUACGGGUACACGGGCAUCAUCCCCAUCGCUUUGUGGGGUGCGUUGCGCUGGUUCGGUAGCUCCACCGCGGACUUAAUCGAAUGCUGGGCAUUGUACGGCUAUUCGAAUCUGGUUUGGAUCGCUGUUGCGCUGGUGAGCUGGAGCCCUCUCACUGCGCUCAACUGGGCUCUUGUGGGUGUUGGCUUCGGCUGGACGGUCUUCUUCCUGCUUCGGAACCUGUACCCUGUUCUGAGUGCUACAGAUGCGAAGGCGAGCAAGAUCCUCUUGAUCUUGGUCAUUGUUCUCCAUGCGGGUUUCGCAAUUGCUAUCAAGAUCUUGUUUUUUGCGCAUGGAAGCCCCGUUUCCAAGAAGAACAAGGACCACGAUGACGAUGACCAUGACGACAAGCGACGGAUGUUCUGA